AUACUCGGUCUCUUCGCUUAAAAAGAAUUGUCAUCAUACAAGUUCUGUCAUUUUGAGGUGAAAACGCAGCUAACAUAAAGAAAAUGGAAGCCAAAGUCAUUUUGAUAAUUGUUACCACGGGGCUGUUAUGGUUGAUUCAGCUUUCAUCAGUCGAAGCCACACAAUGGCACUCCAAGCAAUUGUUGCCAUACUUCCGACGCAUCCAACUGGACAAAACAAAGAACAGUGUGUACCAGCACACUGUGAAGGACGCCAUAAGGAUGCAUCUGCGUAUUCCUCUUAUGCAGAAAGCGUUAUGUUUGCCCAAAGGCACAAAGCUAUCGUCAGAUUGUUUGAACAGAAUGGUGGAUAAAGCUAGACAGCACGAGAAUAAAUUUUAUGCCCGAUUCACUUACGCCUGCAAAACACAUGCGGAAUAUUCGUCGGAUUGCAUGGAAUCUGGUCGACCGAUGUAUUAUCGGAACCUUCACAAUCUUGUUAAACAAACGGAAAAAUGUUGGAAGCUGUAGAUAUUGUACAACGGUUUGAUGCUUCUGUGUCGAUGUUAAAUAAUCAAACACUAUUUACCAAUAAGUAGCGGAAUAAUCGAUUUUCGCCAAUACACAUUUAUUCGUCCU